AAUGCCGGAAUUGUGUUUACAGCGUUCAAGCUUUGUGUUGUCCACAAAUGAAAAAAAUAGAAUGUUCAAAGCUAAAUAUAAUGGGAAGGUCCGUCCACUUUGCAGCUCAGCUGCCUUUGUCCAUUCCAAACUUAUAGUCGUACAGAAUCAAAUAGCCGGAAUGAAUGAAUUAAAAUAAUCAUCUUAAGUCCUAGCUAUGUCCUAUAUUAUGAGCAUAUGCAUUUGAGGUCUCCUUAAAGUGUACUCUUCAUCUUCCAAUGAGUGGAGAUAGACAGAUUGAUCCAACAGUCGUUCAUCCAUCCAUUGCUCUUCUGCAAGAAAGGUUCAGACAGUUGGAGAGAGCCAAGGAGAUGAGGCAGGAGAAAGAGCUCUUACGGAUGUUGCCUGAAUCAAGGCAGAUCAAUGCAGCUAUAACUUAUGUGCUAUCUAGAUCGCUUUUCCACCCUGAACUCAUGCUUUCACAGCUGCCUCUUCAGUGUACACUCAAAAGAGAAGCCAGCAUGCAGAGCAGGAAUACCCAGGUUCAGGUUCAGGUUCAGGUUCAGGAAUACUCAAAUGAUCCCCUCCAUGCCUCCUAUCUGCAAAGAUAUCUUAAUCACAAAAGCAAAUAAGAAAUGUUAUAAAAUUGUAUCGUUUGAUGAAGUAUUCCAUAAGUUGAUCUGUACAACCUCCAGUUGAAAGCAAAUUUUGGUUCACAAGUUAGAAUUACAUCAUUAUUUGUUUCACAAAAAAUGUAAAGCUCUAAAUGAACAGAAACCUUC